GAAAUGGAAUGAAAUAGAGACGUUGGAGCGCGAGUGAGGAAGAAAAGAUGUUACAGUUUCCGGCUUACAUGACUCAGUACCCACUCUCGACCAGGACUAUUCCGACGUCAUUUCUUCUACCCUCUCAGUGGCCCCAUCCCCAAAACGAAGAACUCCUCCUCGCCAUGGAAGAGUCCGAUUUCGAAGAAAAGUGCAAUGAGAUUAGGAAGAUGAACAGCAACCUCAUUGUGAUAGGGAAAACCACAAAUGAAAAUGAUAAAGAAGAUUUUGACAAUGAGGCAGAUGACGAUGAUGCUGACAAUGUAGAGGAAUCUGAGGGUGAAGAAUUUGAGCAAGAAACUGGUUGAGAAAGUUCCACAUCAGUGGCCAGUUAUAUUCUGUUUGUAUUAUUUGGGAGUGCUAGUCCAAAUCUUUGUAUCGAGUUUUUCUUCUAUUCGGUUUUUCGACCUAGUAUUAACCAUUGGCUUUUCAUUCAUAUAGAACUUUGUAUUAUAUAUUAAUCUUCAAGUAGCCUAGCCAAUGAUUAACGAUAUCUAAAUUAAGAU